GCCCUAAAUUGAAUACACCGAAAUAUCUCAUACAUAUCCAAGUUGGUGCCUUCCCGAAAUACAGAAAUGAUCCAUGAAAUGGAGGGAAAGCCUUUGAGUCCCAAUCGCUUCGGCGUCGACCUGCUGAAGAAAAUUAGAGAGCUCACACGAUCAAUUAUUGAAGAUCUCUGCAACGGUCGAUCGCCAACCAUACAAAUCAAUCAGUUCAGCUCCUAUUGCCAUGACGUUUCUGGAAAAUGCUGCUGCAGCUAUGAUUUGCCCAAAGGUAAGGAGAUUCUCAUGCUGCGUAGAGAAAACCAAGCCCGUAGGAUGGAUGUACUGCUAAGGGUAUUGCUGAUAGUUCAGCAACUGAUGCUGGAAAACAAGCAUGGUUCUAAACGAGAUAUUUAUUACAUGCAUCCUUCGGUUUUCAAAGAACAAUCUGUGGUUGAUGGGGCAAUUAAUGACAUUUGCAUUCUUCUGCAGUGCAGUCGCCACAACUUGAAUGUGGUAUCUGUUGGAAAUGGAUUGGUAAUGGGUUGGCUGAGAUUUAAAGAAGCUGGAAGAGUAUUUGAUUGCAUCAGCAGUCCUAAUGUGGCGCACCAUAUUCCUGUCCAUGUAGAAGAUGUGGAAGGUAUCAGGUCUUGCCAGAUGUUUUCUUGUAUUGAAUUUAUUUGGAAGGUUCUGAGUAACGUAUGUGGACAAAGCUUGUUCGUCCUUGUGGGUCUUUAUAUAAUCUCUGUAUCAGAAUACAUCUUAGUGGUGGAGAAAGAAUCAGUAUUCCAGCGGCUGGCUGAUGAUCAAUUUUGCAGACAAAACCGUUGCAUAGUUGUCACUGGACGUGGUUACCCUGAUGUUCCCACCCGAAGAUUUUUGCACCUCCUUACUGAAAAAUUAUGCUUGCCCGUCUAUUGCUUGGUGGAUUGUGAUCCAUACGGCAUAGAUAUCUUGACUACAUACCGUUUUGGUUCUAUGCAAAUGUCUUACGACUCGAAAUCCCUUCGUCUCCCUGUGAUGCAUUGGCUCGGAGCCUUCCCAUCUGACAGUGAGAAAUAUGAAAUUCCCCAACAGUGUCUUCUACCUUUGACGGCUGAAGAUAAGCAGAAAGCCAAAAGCAUGCUGAGUCGGUGUUACAUGGAACGGGAAGUGGCACAUUGGAGGUCUGAGCUCCAGCUGCUGCUGGAUAGAGAAGUCAAGUUCGAGAUUGAAGCAUUGUCAGUAAACUCGAUCACUUUCUUGUCAGAGAAUUAUGUCCCGUCCAAGAUUCGACGAGGAGAAUUUUCCUCGGCCGUUAGCUCAGGACCACCGAAAGAAGCAAUCAUAUCCUCCUCUAUUCUCGGUGAUCAGCCUCCGCCACCUCCAACGGGUCCGCCACCUCCGCCGGCGUCCGGGAUAGAUAAAAAUUCGUGGAGCGUUCUUAAGUAUGGUCUCAUCGCUGCCAUCACGGGUGGUGCUGCUACCGCAGGCUAUGCUACCUACGCAUACUCAUUGGAUGAAGUUGAUGAGAAGACUAAGGCCCUUCGUGCAUCUGCAAAUUUCAAUGUUGGGGAUGAUGGGUCUUCUUUUGAUAGAUUUAAUGCUUAUCUACGUGCAGCUGCAAUGACAGUGCCUGCUAAAUUAGUAGAAGCAUACAUUGAUUUAAGGAGGUUAGCUGAAGAACAAGUUCGGGGUUUUGCUGAACCAACAUCCGAUAAGCUCCUUCCAGAUUUGCACCCAAUGGAGCAGCAUGUUUUUACCCUCGUUCUUGAUCUAAAUGAAACAUUGAUAUAUUCUGAUUGGAAGCGUGACAGAGGGUGGAGAACAUUCAAGAGACCCGGUGUAGAUGCUUUCCUCGAGCAUUUAGCUCAAUUUUAUGAAAUCGUAGUAUAUUCUGACCAACUAAAUAUGUAUGUUGAUCCUGUUGCUGAAAGAUUGGAUCCAAAGCAUUGUAUCCGUUAUAGGCUCUCAAGGGGGGCAACAAGAUAUAUAGAUGGCAAGCACUACAGGGACCUGUCAAUGCUGAACAGGGAUCCUGCAAAGGUUAUAUACAUUAGUGGCAAUGCCCUAGAAAGUAGUCUUCAGCGUGAAAAUUGUGUUCCAAUAAAAGCAUGGCAAGGAGAAGCAGAUGACACUGCGCUUUUAGAUCUUAUUCCAUUCCUUGAAUAUGUUGCCAAACACCGACCAUCUGAUAUCCGAACUGUUCUAGCUUCUUAUCAAGGCCGUGACAUAGCCAAAGAGUUCAUUGAGAGGUCUAAAGAGCAUCAGAGGAGAAUGCAAGAGCAAAAGCAACAAGGCCGUCUCUGGAGACGUUAGGAAUAUCAAGUGUACAAGUUCAUUUUAAUGAAAAGCAGGUCAUUUGCAGUUCUCCGUGUUUUAUAUACUAAUGAAGUAGUUAAGUAGUUUUCCCUUCAAUUAGCAACAUUCCUAAAUAAACGUGCAGCUGCACAAGAGUAUAAAUUUUUUGGCAGUGAGAUUAAAAUGAUUUCUGUUAUUCAACAUACUGAGGUCUUGUAUGAGUAUUUGUAGUUGGGCAGAUGGUUGUGAUUCUCUUUUGGAAAUUAAGCUCUGUUUAGAAGGUUAUUUCUUUUGAUCUAUUUUUUUUUU